AACUUUCACCUGUAUCUUGUGAACUCAUAGCCACUCCUUUUGUCCCCGCCUGUCCCCGGCUUUUUAUGGAAGUGAUGAGCUGUUAGUACCAGUAGUGUUAAACACUGGAAGACCUGGAAAAAGGAAGUGUGUGUGCCUGGGUCCUCGUUCUAGCUCAUCGUGGUAAAAUGAGGAACAGAGUGGGCAGCUUCAGGGUCAUUUCCAGGCAUAUGAAAUUCCUGGCACUUUUUACUUUUUGGCUGGGAAUCCUCUUUCUGUGUGGCUUCUUUCAUUUGAAUAUAAACUUCAUCCAAGUGUGGAAGGGCUUCACUUUUUACCAGGGACCCUGUCACCCCAGAACUAAUAUCAUGUUCCUGAAGACCCACAAAACAGCCAGCAGCACUGUCAUGAACAUCCUGUUUCGGUUUACGGAGAAACUCAGUCUUACAGUGGCCCUUCCAGCUGGCCGGAAAUUCCAUCUGGGCUACCCUGACAGCUUUGAGGCAGAGUUUGUAGAGGAAUUUAAAACCAUGGGGCCAAGUUACAACAUCAUGUGCAACCAUCUGAGGUUCAACCUCAAAGAGGUAAGAAAAGUGAUGCCAGUCAACACUACCUAUUUUUCUAUCCUGAGAAACCCUGUUUCUCUGCUGGAGUCCUCAUAUGUCUAUUAUAAAGCUUAUGCACCUGCAUUUAAAAAAUCAAGGGAUGUGAAUGAGUAUCUAGCUUCUCCUGGGAUAUAUUACAAUAAGAGUGAAUCUGGAUAUAACAUUUAUGCCAAGAAUAACAUGUGGUUUGACUUUGGUUAUGAUAACAAUGCAGAGGAUGAUGAGAACUAUACCCAGUCUGUCCUCAGGAUGAUUGAACAGGAUUUCCACCUGAUUCUGAUAGCAGAUUACUUUGAUGAGUCCAUGGUCCUUCUGAAAAACUUCCUGUGCUGGGAUCUGGAUGAUGUGGUUUACUUCAAAAUGAACUCCAGAAGCCCAGACACUAUCCAGAGUCUGACCCCUGAGAACAAGGAAAAAGUAAAAGAAUGGUGCUCACUGGACUGGAAACUUUACCAGCACUUCAAUAAGACCUUUUGGAAGAGAAUUCAGGAAAAUAUAGGACUAAGAAAUUUGUACAGGGAGGUGAACCUCCUGCGAAAAAAACAGAAACAGCUUAUGGAGAAAUGUCUCUUGGAUCCAGUGCCAAUAAAUGAGACCCAGAUUAAAGACAAACUAUUCAAGCCCUUCCAGUCAGGGGAUGCACAUAUUCUAGGCUAUAAUCUCAAACAUGAUUUAGAUGAUGAGACUCUGAGAACCUGCCAGAAAAUGAUCACGCCUGAGCUUCAGUACAUGUCAUAUCUGUAUGCUCUUCAGUACCCAGACAAGAAGAGAAAGAGCAUAAACUUUCCCUCGUGGUGGAGUUGACAAGGAUGCAAACAAUUAAUUUCAGUGUGGGUAAUAGCAUAUGGCAGUGCUUCCCAUCUUCUUGUCAAUUUAUCAGAGAUGUUUAUCUGUUAUGUGCCUAGUGGUGUUAGUCCAUGAAAUUAUCUCAGAUUUCAGACUAGAUAGUGGGACAGGCAGGCAGGGACAUUGGGGCUGGAACACACAGCAACCUAGGCUAGCUGUCAGCAGUUGGCUUAUAGUCCUUAGAUGCUUGUAUCCAGGCUGCUCCAGCCUCCCCAGGAGCUGAAGUGAAACUAGCUAGAAAAUCAAUGCCCUGAUAACCCUGUCUCUCCUGCACAAUGUAGAUCUUAGUCUACAGCAGAUAGUUUAGCCCUUUAUGUGUAGGUGAAAUGCUAGUAAAAUGGCUUCUGUUGAUAAUGGUAUUGAUGGAAAGAUAUCAAAGAGAAUUCAUGUAGCAGGGCCUUCCCAUCUCCUGUUAUAGCCUAACAAAAGAUUGUCCAUACAGUGCACGUUAGCACUCUGUGCAAGGGAACUGGAACAACCAGGAACUAUUGUUUAGGUUACCAGACGGAAACCUUUAUAUUUCAUUUUAUUGACUGUACUCUAUAUCCCAAGCCAGUGGAACUGAAUGCACAUACCACAACUGCCAGCUAUUGAAAUGGACUCUUUCUCAGACAAAAUAUUGCUUAGGGCUUGGAACACAUUAGGCCUCUGCUAAAGAGAAGGACACAGCUCUCCAGGCAUAUCUCACCUGGAAGUGGAGAGGUAGAAUGAAUUGUGUUUUGUCCCUUUUCACCUAAUAAAGCACAUUUUGUGUCA